AUGCGGUUCGACACCCUGUGCGCGCGGUUUGCUUGCAGCAUCUCCAUGAGAAGCAACGCGACUGCGCGGGCCAACCCAAUCGGCAGAGCUUUACCUGGAAAAAAAAACUCCUGCCUGCACCUCUGCUGCAUCCCCUCAUCUCGUGUACCUCCACUAGACAAUGGACGAACCCGAAAUGGGGAGAUCGGGGCGCCCGCGCCGCGAGAGGCUGCUGCGGAUCCCUCAGGGUCCCAAGCGACUCCCGAAAGUAUCCGAGAGCAAGACGAACAUGGCACUGCGAGCGAAAAACUGCCUGCGCGAGGAGCUCCCCGAGAAUGUCUGAUUUGUUUGGCCCGGAGCCACCCAGAGUCAGUAGGUGAGGAGGAGGAGCAGGAGGAGGAGGAGGAGGACAAGAGGAGGAAGAGGAGGAGGAGGAGGAAAACGAGGAGGGUUAAGCGCCUCCUCCAACGCUUCGCCAACGUGCAGCGCGGGCGGGCAAGGCCCCACUGA